GGCCCUGGUGGCUGGCAGGGAAUGCCUGGUCUUCUCUCGCGUGAGGCCAAUGGCUUGCUCAGCCCCCUUUAAGGAGCGCUCUGCCAUCCAGUCUUAAUUUUAGCUUGGAGGCAUGCCACCGGCAGCUUUAACUAGAGGCCGGCUGAAGUUAUGCAGGACAGCUGUCAGCCGGCAUGCUGGGUGGGGCCUAUUUAGCCGGCGGGGGCACCAGUCUGGAGACCCUAAGCUUGGUCUUUCUGCCCCAGGACUGUCAACAACACCGGCCACAAGGCUCGGAUCUCCUGGCGAAGGUGCCCCAGCCCCACGAUGAUGACGGAGGAGCACACGGAUCUGGAGGCACGGAUCAUCAAGGACAUUCACUGCAAAGAGAUAGACUUGGUGAACCGCGACCCCAAGAACAUCAAUGAGGACAUUGUGAAGGUAGAUUUUGAAGACGUGAUUGCAGAGCCUGAGGGCACCUACAGCUUCGAUGGUGUGUGGAAGGUGAGCUACACCACUUUCACCGUCUCCAAGUACUGGUGCUACCGCCUGCUGUCUACGCUGCUGGGUGUGCCCCUGGCCCUGCUCUGGGGUUUCCUGUUCGCCUGUAUCUCCUUCUGCCACAUCUGGGCCGUGGUGCCCUGCAUUAAGAGCUACCUGAUCGAGAUCCAGUGCAUCAGCCACAUCUACUCACUGUGUAUCCGCACUUUCUGCAACCCGGUCUUUGCUGCGCUGGGCCAGGUCUGUGGCAACAUCAAGGUGGCGCUGCGGAGGGAAGGCUGAAGCCAGGCUGGGCUACCGGGAAGGGUGGGCACCGGAAAUGCCGCCAGGUGAGCGCCGCGGCUCUGCUCCAUGCCGGCUGCUGGAGAGCUCAGUCUUUUUUCCGGUUCCCCUCAAGAUGGAAACACACGGUGCAGGGGAGCCAGAAGGAAAAGACAGCCCAGUGUGUGGAAACACAGGCGCCCUCGCUCUGCCCAGCCCACCACAAUCCCCUGUGACCCUGCCUAAGGGGAGGGUUUGUUAAGAGGCAGCUACCGCAAGGCUUUGCGUUCACAUGUACUGUAAUAGCACAAACCAGCACCAGUCCCCUAGAGGGGUGACCUGUCUCCUCAUGCUAGGGAGAGCAAGCAGUGACUGCGGGCAUGAGGAGGGUGCUGCAAUAAAGGGUUUUGGCUGCA